AUGUGUGUCCAACUCGUGUUUGUUCUUUCCCAGGCGACUCCGGAUCAUUCUCAGGUGCUGCAGCAGUGGGUGCAGCGAGCAGCCCACUUCCACAGCAGGCUGGGAUCUGACGUGGCUCCAGCUGACGUGGCACCAGCGUCAGCUGUAGCGGACUUUUGGCGGGGUGUUAGGGCAGCGGUGGAGGCGGCAGAGGAUGUGGCUAUAGCGGGGGGUGACGAGCAGCAGACGGGCGUGACAGUGUCUGUAGGCGCGUGUGAUGUAGCUGCAGUGCGACAGCUGCAGGGGAAUGCGAGGAAGCGAGUGGCAGCAACAGAAGCGAUGGCGCAGCAGGUGGGGGCGUUUGAGUCCACGUGUGGGGCAGCAGGGCGGGGGAGCGAGGAGGCACAUCUUCCUCUCAGGUUCCCAUUUCCCCUUCCCUCCUCACAACCCCCCUCUUCCGCACACUUCCCUCCCACCCCCCUCUCCAUCCCCCAGUGGCAGCAACAGAAGCGAUGGCGCAGCAGUAUGAGUGCUGCUGCUGCGUCCCUGCUGCUGCUUUCCCCCUCCCACUCCUUUCCCCCCUCCCAUUCCCUUGCCCCCUCCCAUUCCCUUUCCCCCUCCCACUCCCUUUCCUCCUCUCACUCCCUUUCCCCCUCCCAUUCCCUUUCCCCCUCCCACUCCCUUUCCCCCUCCCACUUCCUUUCCCCCCUCUCACUCCCAUUCCCCCUCCCAUUCCCUUUCCCCUCUCCGACUUCCUUUCCGCCCCCCACUCCCUUUCCCCCUCCUACUCCCUUUCCGCCUCCCACACCCUUUCCCCCUCCCACCCCCUUUCCCCCCUCCCACUUCCUUUCCGCCCCCCACUCCCUUUUCCCCUCAAACUCCCUUUUCCCCUCCCACUCCCUUUCCCCCCUCUCACUCCCUUUCCCCCCUCUCACUCCCUUUUCCCCUCCCACUCCCUUUCCCCCUCUCACUCACUUACCCCCUCCCUCUUGCAGGGUCGUCGCCAAUCAAGGCCUCACACUCCAUAGGCUUUCCGCUACAGCUGCUACAGCUGCUCCCGCUGCUACAGCCGCUACAGCCGCCUCAGUCGCUACAGCCGCUACAGGCGGGGAGGAGGAGCAAUGGGAAGAUCCCUUGGUGUUGGCCGUGGGAGGGGUGGUGGGAGCAGCGGCUGCGGCACUUAAGAGCUGGCUAAGUGUCGUUGUGGAGGGGAGGAAGGGGAGGAAGGGAGGAGUGGGAGGAGGUGGAGGUGCGGGGAAGGUGGCAACUGGUGCAGGUGCAUCUGGUGGGCAUGUACUGUUACAGCCGCCCAAGGCUGCUCUAGCUGAUUUAAGGGAGGCUCGUGAUGUGCUGGACGUGUGGCGGCAUGAGCUGGCACGGCUGCACUCGCGCCUAGUCAGCGUCGUCUGCCGCUCCCAGCUGACGUCAGCACACGGCCGCAUGACCUGGCAGCCGGCAUCGCCAGCUCAGCUCCCGGGCCAGGACCACACGGUGGCCCCGGCUGACGUGGCCAUGGCGUCUGCUUGCGCGUUUCUGGAUCAAGCCAUAGAUAUCCGACAGCAGCACGAGGGGUGGGAGGAAGCGAUGGCAGCAGCUACUCUCGUGUGCGACGUGGAAGCUUCCUCCUCAGGCAGUAGCAACACUGGCGCUGCUGACGUGGACAGGUGGAGGCGCUUCCUGGAGCCACUCACAGACAGCCACGUGGCAGACAUUCUCGAAGGCGACCUUGCCAGCUGGCGGGCGGCGCAGGGCAUCUACUGGGCGGCAGUGGCUGCUGAGGAGGAGGCACUGGCGGGGCUGCUGCAGGCGCGACUGGGGGAGGUGCCAUCCGCCAUGGGGCGGCUGCAGCUGCUGGCGCAGUGCUCGUCUUUCACUGCACUGCCAAGGGUACGAAUUCAGUAG